AUGAGCAAGUCCCAACUGAAUGUAAAUUCGCUACUUUCAAAUUCAACAAGUUUUUUAGGACCGGCAGCAUUAGAAAAGAGUUUAGAAUCAGUAAGAAAAGUUAUAGAUUCAAUAAAGACAUCAUUUGGACCACUAGGACUUGAUAAGAUGUGUAUAGAUGCAUCAGGAGACAUAUUUAUAUCUAAUGAUGGAGCAACGAUAAUAUCAAAUAUGACAAUUGAUGAUCCAAUCUGUAAGAUGUUAGUAAAUUUAGCGUUAGAGCAGGAUAAAGAGGUUGGAGAUGGUACAACAUCAGUUGUGUUAUUUGCAUACUAUUUGAUAGAAGAAGCCUAUAACCUGAUAAAGAACUAUAAUAUUCAUCCUUCAGUGAUAGUUUCAGGAUACAGAGAAGCAUUUAAUAAAGCAGUUGAGUUUAUAAAAAAUAAAAUGAUAGUAAAAAUUGAUGGACAACCAGAUAUUAUAAGUGCUAUAGUAAAGACGAGUAUAUCAUCUAAAAUCAUAGGAGAAGAAACCGAAAUGGUAACAAGUUUUAUACAAAACAUAAUAACAAGAAAUCAUUUAAAUGACUCAUUGAAAGUUUCUAAGUAUUUAGGAGGUUCUAUAAAAGAUUCAUCACUAUACAAAGGAAUGAUACUUAAUUGUCCAAAAGCUUCUCCACUUAUGCCAAGUAGAAUUGAGAAUUGUAAGAUUCUUUUGUGUGAUUUGAGUAUUGAUAAAGAGAAGAUGCCAUUUUCGGUCAACAUAAAUGCAAGACCUGAAGAUAUUGAAGCCAUCAGACAGAAAGAAAUUGAUUUAACUAAAGAGAAAUGUCAAACCAUUAUUGAUUCAGGAACUAAUUUACUGUUAUGUAGUGGUUCUAUUGAUGAAUUAUGUGUAAAAAUGUUUAUUGAUCACAAAGUUGUUGCCGUUAAAAGAGUAUCUAAAGAAGAUCUUGAAGUCAUCGCAAAGGUAACUAACAGUAAAAUUCAUACAAAAAUUUUAGAUAAGAAUCAACCAACUAAAAUUAAUCUUUAUGAAGAAAUAGAAUUUGGUGAAUACAAAUUAGGUUACUUAGAUAUUGACAUGAGUACAAUAUUAAUAAAAGGACCUAAUAAACAAAUUUGUGAUGAAGUAGAUCGUUCACUUAAUGAUGCUAUCCAAGUAGCCAAAGCAGUUUUAAAUCAUAAAUCUAUAUUACCAGGAGGUGGUUGUGUUGAGUCAGUAUUAAACAUUUAUUUAAAUAAGUAUGCAAGUGAGUUAGUUAGUAAAGAUUAUGUUGCUAUUCAUGGAUAUGCAGAUUCAUUAAAGAAAGUAGUUAAACAACUUUGUGCUAAUGCAGAUGUUGAUAGCGGAGUAAUUUUAAGUGAACUAUUCACUAGAAAUUCAAUUGGAAUAGAAGAAUCAAUGUUUUAUGGACUUGAUUUAAAUUCAGUUACUGUUCAAGAUAAUAUUUCUCAUGGAGUUAUUGAACCCGCUAUUUACAAGUUAAAAGCACUUAAAGCUGCUACUGAAGCUGCUAUUUCUAUUGUUAGAAUUAAUGAGGUUAUAGAUUUUAGUGAGAAAAAAUAA